UGAAAUAAUAAAAGUACGUAAACUAAUAAUGAUACGUAAGUUAGUUAACUGAAAUUUUAUUUCUGUAUAUAAAUUAUUUGUUAUAUAUUAAUGUAAUUAAUUUUAUAUCAACCAAAAUAAGUUAAAGAGUUAAUCAUAAGCUGCAUGUAAUAAAAUUGAAUAUUAGUAUGUAUUUGAAAUAUGUUUUAAAUAAAAAUUUUGUUCUGUUUGUGAUUUAAAAAAAAAAACUUUUUCUGUUGCAAACUUAAUAAAUAUAUGUUUUGAAUAUUUUAAUUAUAUAUAUACAUUAUAUUUUCUUUUAUUCUUUUUUUUAAAUAUGAUUAAUUAUAAAACUCUAAUAUAUUAAUAAUAUUUGAAUCAUUUUUGAAAUCCAGAUAUGUCAGUAAGACGUCAUGGAAACACAAAUCCUAUGGGACAAAGAAAUUCAAAUGUUCAUAAUGAAACUUCUUCACGAGUAAGAAAUCUAAUUUUAUUUUAUUGCAUAUAUUUUAAUUAUAUAGUAUUAGUCAAAAUUAUAAAUAUUUUUUUUUACUUUGUAGAACGCGUCGAGAUUUAAGUGGACCUAUGAACAAGAAAAAACAUUGAUUGAGUUGUAUGAUCAAGCAAUUUCUAUGAACGAUUAUACUCUUAAAGAUCCUACGGUUCUUGGUAGAGAGCACAUGGUCGACAAUUUCAACCAUGCAUUUAAUUUGAAUAUAAAUUAUGCAUUUUUCAAAAACAAACUUGAUGAUUUCUAAAAAGCAUAUAAGAAGUGGAAGUUUCUCAUGACUUCUACUGGAAUAACGGUUAAUUCGGAAACGUCGAUGAUUUAUGCAUCAUAUGAAUGGUGGGAGGACCGUGAAUCGGUAAUAAUAUUUAUGGUUGUAUUAACUCAAUAAUAUAACAAAUAUAACCAACACAUUUAUGAUUAUUAUAUAUGUUAAAAUUUUAUUAGGGAUGCAAAAUAACAUGAUCUUUUAAAAGACAACCACUGCCGUUUUGGGAUGUGAUGGUUCGAUGUUUUUUGCUACACGAUGUUUAUUCGCAACCUCAACAGUCGUCACGCCAACGAAGACAACAAAUAUUGACUGAAGGAAUAGAGGAAGAUGACUUAUUUGAUUUUUCAGACAAUGAUGGUGAUGACAUACCUCAACAUAAUGUUCCUCAAACCCAAGAAAAUGAAGAAAUAUAUCGUGUUAACCUCAGUCGUUCAGAAAGAACUGGAGGACGUGGGAGCACUUCUCAAACGUCUGCUAGAAACUCAGGAACUAAUGUUGGAAGUACUUCAAGAGGUCAUCGAAGAAGACAAUCAUUCGAGACUACAAUACAAGACACCAUUAAUGGAUAUAAAGAAUUUCAAUGACAAAGUCUACAACAGCUAUGCCCAGGUGCUUUUGACAAGGUUGAUUACGAUGAAUUCAAAAAAGCAGAACAAAUAUUUCUUGCUUUGGAACUUCCCAAAUUCACUAAAUUUUACUGGGCUUGCAUUAACGCACUUAAAGAACUGGUUUUUUGGCGAAAGUAUUUCAUUGAUAUAGCUCGAAGCAAUGACGAAGAUAAAUUGCAACUACUAGAAGCUAUGAUUGGUGUAUCACGAAAUAAUGAAGAUGUGCCAAAACAAUUGGGCUCUGGAUAGUUAUUUGAGAGUCCACAUUCUGGAAGUUUAUCAUCUGGCAGUCCAUCUUCAGUGGGUAAUUGUUCAAGAGGAAACAAUUUUCAAAACUUGGGUGCACCACCGGGGUACACCUCCAAAUGUACAACACUGGAGAACACCACCAAAUAUGCAACACUGGGGAACACCACCAAAUGUUCAAUAUUGGGGAACAUCACCAAACGCUCAACCAUGGGGUGUACCUCCAAAUGGUCCAAGUUGGAACACACCUCCAAAUGCUCAACAAUGGAGUACGCCACCAUAUCCUCAACAAUGGAACAUUCCACAUAAUUUUCAUCAUGGUCAGCAACCAUCAAAUGUUCAGCAAGCCGGCUCUUCUGGAACAACACCAACAAAUGUUCACUACGGAUUUACAGUUGGAAAUCAAGGUGGAAGUCCACUGAAUACUCAACGAAAUUAUUCGGAAGGUGCAAGUAUAGAUUCUUCACCAAAGGUCCACCAAUCACCAUGAACUAGUAUCGGUUUCACUAAUUAUUUUGAACCAGGAAGCACAUCACAAAGACCGAGACGUGGAGGUCUAUUCAAUAUUUGGAGAACUACAGAAGAACCUAAUGAAGAGAAUCAAAGUGGUUCAGGAGACAAAGAGUAGCGAUCUGAUUGUCAUGUUUAUAUAUUAUGAUAUAAUGUUAUUAUUUUUAUUGUGUGUUAUAGGUUUUCAUGUGUUUUAAAAUACUUUUAUAUUACUUUCGUGUGUUAAUGGAUUGUCAUAUUCUAAUGUUCUAAAAUAUUUAUAUAUUAUUUUGGUGUGUUAAUGCAUUAUUACUAUUUUUAUCUAUCUAAUAAAAUAAAUUUUAUGUUUAUUAAUUUGCAGGCAUUUCGAAUCUGUCAGUCGCGUUCACAAAACACCCAGACACUAUCUUACGAAG